AUGAACCGUCGACGAUCGUUCUCGAGUGUCCCCAUUGAUACUGGCAUGGCAAAGGACACUUGCAAGUGUCCACACAUGCGACGGUCCUCGAGUGACACAACCGUACAGCGAGUCAGCCGGUCAGCAGAUGCAUGGCCUCCUUACCCGCUUGAAGACCCGCGACAGAGACAAUUGUCAGAAUUCUGGCGAAGCCCAAUUUCUGCACCCAGACAACAAGAUUGGACCGCCGCAGGUCAUAAAGUUGUUGUUUUACAGCAAAAAUGUUCCGGUUUCAGCCUGGACAGCGAAAUAAAUUUGAAUAGAGGGACCCCUCUUGCCAGCGACUGUGUGACCGCACCUGAGCAAGCCUACUCUCAAGUAGAAAGCCUCUCAUCCUCCGCCGGGUGUCAUCGUAGUUUCGAUCCAGAGUUCUGCAAUGGCCGCAGAAUGAGUGGCCAAGUCUCUCCUCCUUACGAUGGUGGUGAGCUUGCUCAACGUGCCAAGGCAAUCAGAGAUGGAUUGAAAAUACUGGAGCCGCAAAGUAUGCUGUUAUAUACUAAUCACCUUGGUGCAACCGGCAGACGAGGUGCUGUGUCUGGUAUCUCUCCAAGAGAGCCAAUCGUCUAUCCACUUGUCCCCUCGGUGGGGCAGCAAGACUAUGAUUCUGAUGAGAGCCGCCUUGGAUGA